AUGAGCAAUCAGCAACCUCCGACGGAGUUGUUGUUUUGGAGCUCUCACCAAAUCCGCCAGAUAGAUGGCUUUUGGUACCAGGUGUCGCUUGCGGACGGCAUGGCUGCCUUCAGAUCACGAUUCGAGUCGAGAAGCGACGACAUCCUCUUGACGACGUUCCGCAAAACAGGAACGACAAUGACUCAAGUUCCCACACUCGACACCACCUUCCUCGAGGAUCGAACACAAGACAUCCUGCUCAGUUCCCCUCCUCCCCGGCUGCUCCACACGCACCUACCCUACAGUUACCUGCCGGAGGCGAUGAGGGAGUCCGGAUGCAAGAUCGUGUACCUGGCUCCGAAUCCCAAGGACACGGUGGUGUCGAUGUGGCAUUUCUUCAACAAGGUGUUGAAAAGUGUACCGGGUGACAAGCCGUACCCGUUGGAGGGAGCGGUGGAGAGCUUCUGUAGUGGGGUUCUGCCUUUCGGGCCCUUUUACGAGCAUGUGGUGGGAUUUUGGCAGGAGAGUCGGAGGCGACCUCAGGAGGUGUUGUUUCUCAAGUACGAGGAGCUAUGCAGAGAGCUGAAGGAGCAGGUCAGGAAGCUGGCUUCGUUUCUCGUGAAGCCAUUUUCCCAGCUGGAUAAUGGAGACAGCGAGCUGGAGAAGGUGUUGUGGCGGAGCAGCUUGGAUAGGCUCAAGGAGUUGGAGGUUAACAAGAUUGGCGUCGGGGAGCUGAACCAUGUGCUCAAUUCUGCCUUCUUCAGGAGAGGAACCGUACGAGAUUGGGAGAAUUACUUGACUCCACAGAUUGCUCAGUGCAUUGACCAGCUUACGCAGUCUAAAUUGCAGGGGACGAGACUUUCUCUUGAUGAUUAA